CUAACUACAGACACAGUACCCGAGCCAUUCUUUUAGAGUACGUAUAACAAUUUAAAGCUUCGUGCGGGCAGUUUGAUCUAAGGAAAGUGAUAAUUAUCAGGAGGAAGAAUGUGGAGGCUGAAGAUAGCAGAAGGUGGAAUUGACCCAUACAUCUACAGCACAAACAACUUUGUGGGAAGGCAGAUAUGGGAGUUUGAUCCAGAGGCUGGUACCCAGGAAGAGCGAGAUGAGGUCGAAAAGGCUCGCCAAAAUUUCUACAAGAAUCGAUAUCAGGUUAAGCCUAGCGGCGAUCUCCUCUGGCGAAUGCAGUUUCUCAAAGAGAAAAACUUCCAACAAACAAUCCCCCAAGAAAAGGUAGAGGAUGGAGAGGAAAUCACAUACGAAAAGGCCACAACCGCAUUGAGGAGGGCUGUCCAUUUCUACUCGGCCUUGCAGGCCAGUGAUGGCCAUUGGCCUGCUGAAAAUGCCGGCCCAUUGUUUUUUCUUCCCCCCUUGGUAAUGUGUGUGUACAUUACAGGGCAUCUUAACACAGUGUUCCCUGCUGAGCAUCAGAAGGAAAUCCUUCGAUACAUAUACUGUCAUCAGAAUGAAGAUGGUGGGUGGGGAUUCCACAUAGAAGGCCACAGUACCAUGUUUUGCACCACUCUCAGCUACAUUUGUAUGCGUAUACUCGGGGAAGGACCCGAGGGUGGUCAGGACAAUGCUUGUGCAAGAGCCCGAAAGUGGAUCCUUGAUCAUGGUGGUGUUACUCACAUUCCUUCUUGGGGAAAGACAUGGCUUUCGAUACUUGGUGUGUUCGAGUGGAUUGGAAGCAACCCGAUGCCGCCGGAGUUUUGGAUCCUUCCUUCAUUUCUCCCAAUGCACCCAGCAAAAAUGUGGUGCUACUGCCGAAUGGUGUACAUGCCAAUGUCAUAUCUAUAUGGGAAACGGUUCGUAGGCCCAAUCACACCUCUCAUUCUUCAAUUAAGGGAGGAGCUCUACAAUGAGCCUUACAAUGAGAUUAACUGGAGGAGUGUGCGUCAUCUAUGUGCAAAGGAGGAUAUCUACUAUCCCCAUCCUUGGGUACAAGAUCUGCUUUGGGAUAGUCUAUACCUGUUCACUGAGCCCCUUCUCACUCGUUGGCCCCUUAACAAACUGGUUAGAGACAGGGCUCUUCAAGUAACAAUGAAGCACAUUCAUUAUGAAGAUGAGAACAGUCGAUACAUUACCAUUGGAUGUGUGGAAAAGGUGUUAUGUAUGCUUGCUUGUUGGGCUGAAGAUCCAAAUGGGGAUUAUUUCAAGAAGCAUCUUGCCAGGAUCCCAGAUUACAUAUGGGUUGCUGAAGAUGGAAUCAAGAUGCAGAGUUUUGGUAGUCAAGAGUGGGAUACUGGUUUUGCCGUUCAAGCUUUGCUUGCAAGUAAUCUUACUGAUGAAAUUGGACCAACACUUGCCAGAGGGCAUGACUUCAUAAAGAAAUCGCAGGUCAAAGACAAUCCUUCUGGAGACUUCAAAAGCAUGUUUCGCCACAUUUCUAAAGGAUCAUGGACUUUCUCUGAUCAAGAUCAUGGAUGGCAAGUUUCUGAUUGCACUGCAGAAGGUUUGAAGUGCUGCCUUCUUUUCUCAAUGAUGCCACCAGAAAUUGUUGGUGAGAAAAUGGAACCUGAGCGAUUAUACGAUGCUGUAAAUGUUAUACUCUCUCUGCAGAGUGAAAAUGGUGGUUUAUCAGCUUGGGAGCCAGCUGGAGCCCAAGAGUGGUUGGAACUGCUUAAUCCCACAGAAUUCUUCGCCGACAUUGUCGUUGAACAUGAGUAUGUUGAGUGCACUGCCUCAGCAAUCCAGGCUUUAGUUUUGUUUAAGAAGUUGUACCCUGGACACAGGAAGAAAGAGAUUGAUAAUUACAUAAAAAAUGCUGCUCGGUUCCUUGAAAACAUACAAAUGCCUGAUGGUUCUUGGUAUGGAAAUUGGGGAGUUUGCUUCACAUAUGGUUCAUGGUUUGCACUUGGAGGGUUGGCUGCAGCUGGCAAGACUUUUAACAACUGUCCAGCUAUGCGCAAAGGUGUUGAUUUUCUACUCAAAGCACAAAGAGAUAAUGGAGGUUGGGGAGAGAGCUAUCUAUCAUGCCCAAACAAGGAAUAUGUUCCUCUGGAAGGAAACCGAUCAAAUUUGGUACAUACUGCAUGGGCCAUGAUGGGUCUUAUUCAUGCUGGACAGGCUGAGAGAGACCCAACACCCCUUCACCGCGCAGCAAAGCUGAUAAUCAAUUCUCAAAUGGAAGAUGGCGAUUUUCCUCAACAGGAAAUCACUGGAGUCUUCAUGAAGAACUGUAUGUUACACUAUGCAGCAUACAGAAACAUCUACCCAUUGUGGGCUCUUGCAGAAUACCGCAAGCGUGUCCCAUUGCCAUCAACAAGCCUUUAACUCCAGUUGUGAACUAUAUAUAUAUAUAUAUAGCUCAACCACUAUCCGAGAGUACACACCGUGAUGGGCACCAAGAUGGGUUCUUGAAAUGAAUUCCUUGACGGGUCUAAACUUGCCAUUGACUUGAUUUUUGUUUUCUUGGGUGAGUUUUCAAAUUGAUUGUGGGUUCAAGGGAUUCCAUUCCCACGGGUUUAUAUCACACCGAUAACAAUGCUAGUCGUUAAUUCUGUUACUAUUUCUGUAUCCUUUACUUUUCUUUACUUUGGCAGCUGUGUUGAUUUUUGUAUAAAGUUUACAAACAGGCAGCCACUUAAAAUAGAGGCGAAGGAGCUGUACACAAUUGUAUUACAGAACCAUAUAAAGUAAAGGAAAAGUUAUUCCUUUGGCUAUA